GUAAGCACUGUGCAUAUGUGUGCGCACGCCAGAGAGAGAGAGAGAGAGAGAGAGAGAGAGAGAGUUGGCAGGAGGAUGAGGUAAGGAAUGGAUGCGGUAACGGAAGAAGCAGCGGCGGUGGCCCUGGCGACGGGAGCGGCGCAAGUGGCAGAAGUAACGUCAAAGGAGGAGAAAUUGGAGGAAGGGGAGGUAAAAACUAACGAAAAAGAAUCAGCAAAAGAGCCGCAAGUGGCGGCUUUGCCGAGCUCUGGCGAUGAUGGCGUUGCUGCUGCGGACUCAUGGCCGGCGCGGCUAGCUGCUGCCCGCGCUGUUAUUGAGAGAAAUUUGUCGUUUUACACCAAGCAGUUCGCUGAAGAGACGAUGCAGUUCUCCAAGGAGAAGACUUCCGCCUUGGUUUCCAUCGUCAACCAAGUCCAUCGACAGUCCUCAGAUCAACGGCUGACAUUCGAUCGCAGCUUCGAUCGAUUGAAAACCGAGCUGCUUCGCCAUAGCGUGCAGCGUGUUCCGUUCAGUAUAGGUCUCUUCUCCUUGCGCGACCUAAGGAACAUCAUCCCCUACCUUCUCUCCACGUAUUACCAGCACUAUAAACUCUAUCAGUACGCAUUCACGAGGAGGUGUACUAAAACCCUAACGACGUCAGAGGAGCAUGAACCGGAGCUACCCCCCGCGCUGAGCCCUCUGAGCGAGGCAAUCACCCAAGCAGAGAUGGACAGCCAAUUUGAGAAAGAGCGCAAGGCAGAGAGAGAGGAGGAGGAGAAGAGAGAGGAGGAGGCGAGAUUGGCAGCGAUGCGAGAAAAGCAGAAGCAGAUCGAAGACGAGUUCCGAUCGAACAUACCCGAUGACGUCUUGGAGAAGGUUCAACGAGUCGUCGCUGAACAUAUGGAGAAGAUGAAGGUGGAAUUGCAAGCUGACUUCGAAAGCAGGGAGAAGGAGGUGCUGGAAAGACUGUCGAAAUUGACGGGGGAGGGUGGAACGAGUGGGAGGGGGGGUGGAAAGCGAGCAGGAGGGGAAGGAGAUGGGGGGGGCAGCAAGAAAGCAUCUACAAGUAAGAAAAGCACGCCUCAAGCGACGGGCAGAAACACGCCGGAACGUAAGAGAAGAAACACCCCUGAACCAAAGGGCAAGAAGUCGUCUAUGAAACCCGCCGCCAGCUAAUCGAUGGACGGCUACGAUUCGCCGCCGCCAGCUAAUUGACAGACGGUUCCGAUUUGCCGGCGCCGCCAGCUAAUGGAUGGCUCAGAUUUC